UCUUCCGGCAGCCGAGUAUCACUAGCCUGCCUGCCCUGUCGAACCCGGCACGUCCGUUGUGACGCAAAGAAGCCGCGGUGUGCUCGGUGCUGCGAGGAGGACAAAGAGUGCAGCUAUGCAAAGUCAAGACGAGGUGGCCUUGACCGAGCCGCUCUGGCUGCUCGCCGAAAUCAAGCUGCUCUGGCUGCUGCGAGGAAUGGCGGCCAGCUUUCACCUGCCGGGAGCAACGACGGAGGCAUCGGCGGUGAUGUGAUGAUAGGACGGCGUGAGUCUCAGUCUCAAUCUCAGUCGCAGCUCCAUGUCUUGUCGUCAGGCUUAACUCCGAGGCACCCGGCCAUCGACCCCAGCCUGUAUACGCCUCCAGAUGAUUCCUGGUCUUCUCCCAGCGUUACGCUGCCGUCGGCGGACAUGCACUCUGUCAACAUCACCAGAGAUGCCUUCAUCGAUGUCUAUUACAACUGCUUUCACCGCUAUCACCCCUGUGUACUUCCUCGCCGGUUCCUGGAGCGCUACUUACAGGACCCAAUCCGACAGGAUGAACUGCGGCCGCUGGUGUACGUGAUGCGCUUCAUCGGCAGCAUCUACCUGAGCAGCCAUCAGCCGUCGCUGCGGCCCAAAUGCCUAGAGUUGGAGGAGCUCGCAGCCUCAGCUAUCGCCCAGGUGCCAACAUCGUCAUGCAGCUUCUUCAUGGUUCAAUGCCACACCAUCUUCUCGGCCAGCAUGUACUGGCGCGGCAACACGGCGAAAUCAAGACACCACAUGGACACGGCGAUCCAGCUUGCGCUCGACAUGGGAAUGCACCACCGUGAGUUUGCCGCAGACCACGGAGACGGAGAUGCCGUGCUGGAAGAAUCCUGGCGGCGCACAUGGUGGCAGGUGUACAUCAUCGAUGCAUAUUACUCUGCCAUCAAGCGCAACGUCAGUUUUGCUACUUUCAACGUCAAAGCCACAACAGAUCUUCCGUGUGAGGAAGAAGAGUAUGAGCGAGGGGAUAUUCCACGUCCAAAAACAUUGGAUGAAUUCAACUCGCGCGAGUUCAUCCCCGAAGACACAGUCUUCUCAUCCUUUGCCUACCUAAUAGGUGGCGUCCGGGGCAUGGCAUCAGCCAUGUUCAGAGCCCUUUCUUUGCCACCAGGCUCAUCUGAUGCGGGAGUCACAUCGCCAAAAGUACUCGACUCUGUCGAUUCCAUCAUCGAAGGGUGGUUGCUGCUAUUGCCAGAGUCAAAAAGGGACAUUUUCUCGGCGGAUGGUCAGGUCGACGAGCUGAUAUUCCAAGCCAUGAUGGCUCUUCAUGCAACAACGGUUGGUCUUCACCGACCAUUCUCCAACUGUGCCUUUGACGCCCUAGAAUGCAUCUCGAGCUGCUCAACCCCCCCGCCAGCAAACGCCCACUCCGACUCUGCCGAGUUCCGCCUCGUCCACACCAUCAAAUGCAUCCGCGCCGCCGAGGCCCAGAUCGGCCUCCUCGCCCUGCCCACGAAGCCCUGCAGCCACACGCCCUUUGUCGUCUGCAUGCUCACCACCGGCACGCUCUCCCUCCUCGCCGCCUGCCGCUACACCCUCCGCGGCCAGAAGCUCGCCGUGGCGCGCGACCAGAUCCGCAUGAGCAUCGGCUGCCACAAGGCCAUGGCCAACGUGUGGUCGCAGGCCGGCAGCAACCUGCACGAGGUCCAGGCUAUAGCCCGCGAGGUUCUUGGACUGCCCAUGAGCGGCAGCAGCAGCAGCAGUAGCAACAACAAGCAACCCAGGACGCCCAUUCACCAGAUUCCGCCCAGUCCGGGGCCGCCGUCGAUUUCAGGCCCUGACCUCGACGCAUCGUGCAGCGCCGACUCGCUCAGCUCGUUCCCAAUCGACAGCCUGCCAACAUACUGGAGUAUGAGCUCCAUGCAACCAGACAUGUCGUUUUCAUGGUGGCCAGGC